GAACCAGACAGAAGGACAUGUGGAGUUCCUGAAGACACUAGUGGGUAUGCCUUGCAGGCGAAAUCACUUCAGAUCUUCAACUUCGAAGUGAAAGCAGGCUGCGCCGAGGGCUUCAGCGGCAGCCCAUCUGUGGAAGUUUGCACAGCACAGGGUGAGGCCUUCAAAGUCUCGGGAUGCAGCAAGACUGUCUCGUGCCAAAGUCCUGUGGAUCAAAGAGGCUACGCAGUGACUGAGACUAGCAAGGAAGUCAAUGGGUUUAAGGUGGAGGCAACGUGUGCUUCUGGGUACUACGGCGAGGCAUCAGUUACUCCUUGCGCAGAAGGAAACACGCCUUACGUGCUGGAUGGAUGUAACUUCAGAAAAUGGUGCAAAGCUCCAAAAGACUCUGAGGGCUAUGAAGUUACGGAGACCAACAUGCAGCUUCACAAGUUCGGUGUGACAGCAACGUGCGGUAAAGGCUUCAUCGGCAAGGCAAAAGUGACUCCCUGCGCGGACAAUUCUCAAGAAUACCGAUUGAGCGGGUGCAAGGCAAUCGCUGUUUGCCAAAGUCCAAAAGAUACGAAAGGCUACGUUGUCAACGAGAUUUCCUUGGCGGCCCAUGAAUUUCAGGUCUCAGUGGAGUGUGCUCCAGGCUAUGCAGGCAAGCCUCAAGCCACAGGAUGUGGCGCUCAAAAGUCUGCAGCCAAGUUCAGCUGGGGCGCAUCCGGGCGGUACUUCCUGUCCGGAUGCUACAAAGACGGUGACUAUUGCCAGGGUCCCGCCGACAGCACUGGGUACCUCCUCACCGAGAAUGAACUUGCAGCCAAGACUUUCGAUGUGGUGGGGCAAUGCACCCCAUCUCAUGUGGGCAAGGCGAAAGUGAUUCCAUGCAGCUCCAACCAAAAGGAAUACCAUUUGACUGGCUGUCGGCCUAAAGUGUCAUGUAUGUCCGAUGCAGCUGCAGAAGGCUAUGACGUGACAGAAACUGACCUCUACAUCCUCCCUUUCCAGUUCGAUGUGAAGGCUACAUGCAAGUCAGGUUACGUCGGGACAGCUGCAGUGACACCUUGCGAUGAGCCGAACGAAGCCUAUGUUCUCAGCGGCUGCACCAAAGACAACGUGGUUUGCAAGAGACCAACAACAACCGAGGGGUAUACAGUAAAGGAGAAUUCGCUGACACAAAGUCUCUUCGACGUGACGGCUGAGUGCAAGGCUGGCUACAAAGGCAGCGCCACUGUGAUUGCCUGUUCUCCAACAGGCGGAGACUACAUACUGGCCGGCUGCAAAAAAGUCGAGAAAUGCCUCUCACCUCCAAAUGCCGACGGCUACAAACUGGACGAAGUUGAUCUCCGAAUGGAUCGCCUCAUGGUGCAUGCCAGAUGCUCUGAUGGCUAUCUCGGUCGGGCGGUGAUCUCUCCAUGCGAGGGUCAUGGCAAGCCCUACAAACUCAGCGGUUGCAAUCUAGUCAGAACGUGCACUGCACCACUGGACUCUUCAGGCUAUGUGGUUUCGGAGGUCAGUACUCAUAUCCACGAUUUCGAAGUCGCUGCCAAGUGCGCCAAAGGUUUCGUGGGUACAGCCGUCGUUUCUCCGUGCACGACACGUUUGCAGCCUUACAAGCUUCAGGGCUGUACAAAGGACCCAACGUGCGUGUCACCUGCAGAUGUCUCUGGCUACAAGCUGGAUGAGCGCUCGCUCUGGAAGAGCAACUUCGACGUCAGUGCCACCUGUGUGGAGGGCUAUACUGGCAAAGCACAUGUCGAAGCAUGUUCUGAAAGUGGAAAGCCAUACGUUCUGAAUGGUUGCAAAAAAGCCUGA